ACAGGAAGUGAUUUCUCCAAUCACCAUGGUCAGCUCUAUACAUCCAUGGGUCGGCUGCUAGGCUAGGAGAGCUGUAAUAUCUGGCAUUAUUUGAGGGUUGUUUUAUUUGUAUUUAUCUGUUUGAGUUACCUUUUCUAUUUCUCGCCGCUGUGCCGUAAAAGUCGCUUAUCACGGCUGUUGUAACCUCGCGUGAUUUGACCACUUGCUAGCUGAGGUGCUUUCUGUCAUUGGAAACAUGAACACGUUGGUGACCAAAAUAGCCUACAAAUGGAUUAGUUUAACCUUGAGGAAUCCAUGGAUAACAGCUUCAAAGCUGUCCACCCUCCCUCCAGAGCCCGUCAUCCCCUCUAAGAAGCCUCUCAGAGUGGAGCUGCUGGGUGGAAAGCGUUACUCAUGGUGCACCUGUGGACACAGCAAGAAGCAGCCUUUCUGCGAUGGAGCCCACAAAUUCAAAGCCCAAGGCCUGUCCCCGCUGCGCUUUUUUUCUCCGGAGAAAGACAGCACAGUUUGGUUGUGUGGUUGCAAGCACACCAACAACCCGCCGUACUGUGACGGCACACACAAGCAGGACUUCAUCGUUUCUGCCCCGCUUCAUGAACACACAGACCCCUCAACAUAAUGGAAGGGAUGAACUGAGCAUUUUUGUGAAUAAGUGCAUUCUGUGAAAGCAGCACACAUAAAGUGAUCCAUCAUGACAAGUACUUGAACCUUGUGUCAGUAUUUAAGUUACCGAGAAGAUGAAAGUUACCACCUCAGCCCUCAACUCCAGGUGUCCUUCCUUUUUUUUUUACAUGGAAGACACAAUGUUGCAUCAACAGCUGUGCUCUUUGAUCAGACCUGUGACAUAACACACAGGUUUGUGUACUGGGAGGGAGCGAGGUCUGACCCUGCUGCUUCUAUUUUCCUUAAAGAGGAGACCUGCUGACUCAGACACAGGAAAUCCUUUUGCUGAUUACAAUAUAUUUAUACAUGGCAGUGGUUGCCAACAUAGCAGUUGAGCCCUAUGAAGGUUUGUAUCAUAAUCUAACAUUAACAAUAAAAAAGACGUUACAUUUCUCAGCCUCUAAUGAAGUCCUAGCUUUAUAUAAGCUUUAUCUAUAAAGAACACAAUUAGAAAUUGCUCAUGAGUUUUUAUACUUCAAUGCUGCAACUUUUAUUUAAGUAAAUACUUGCUGUACUGCUUCCACAUCUGGCAAUAUGAAUCCCAAUGAUAUUUACUUUCUCAUUACUUGUUGGCUCUAUGUUGGAGGUUUUAUUUUUGAAAUGUACACAUUUAAAAGGAU